GACGAAAAUGAAUUGAAAAGAAAGGAAUAUAAACAUAUCCUCCACAGCGAGAGAGAUCGAGAGAGAUAGCGAGAGAGAUCCCAUGGAUAAUUACAUCAUCACAAACACAGAUAUCACAUAAUCCAAUCCAUUACACAUAAACAACAAACAUAAACCCUAGUUUGUUGAAUCAAUUUCAUCUUUUACGAUACAUAGAAACCCUAGAAAUUCAUACACAAGGAUUGGGGAUAUAGAUCGCUGUAUGAGAGAUAUAGGGGGAGAGGAGGCGAAUCGAAUCGAUCGCUGAGCAAUCUAUCUCAAACAUGUCUGCCAUAGUGUGUGGAAAAAGAUCAAAUUUUUUCGAAGACACGACACCUUCAUCAUCAUCAUCGCCGCCUGGUUCCAAGAGGAUUUGUUUCACCUCUUCCAGUAAUUCUCCGAUUCGAUUGUCUCCUUCUCGAGCCAAUUCUGUUUAUUCGUCCUCUUAUUCGUCUGGUUUUGCCAAUCCGUUUCGUUCGAUUUCGGUGCAUUUGGAUAAUCUCGCUGCUAUCUUUCCUGAUAUGGACAAGCAGCUUCUUGAGAGAGCACUUGAAGAAUGUGGUGACGAUUUGGAUUCAGCUAUUAAAAGUCUGACCGAGCUACGUUUAGGAUCUACAGUUAUUAACUCUGAUGCUGCACCUGCACAGCAAGCAAAUGGGCAAGUACAACCUCCAGUAGGGGUGACUGCAAAUGGUGAAGACGCAUCAUCUGAGAAUCCACCAACUACCCAAACGCCUUCUAUGGAUGGUGCAGACUGGGUGGAGCUUUUUGUUACAGAGAUGGUGAAUGCCUCUAACAUUGAUGAUGCAAGAAAUCGUGCAUCAAGGGCCCUCGAGUUCCUGGAGAAAUCUAUUCGUGCUCAGGCAACUGCAGAGACGGCUCAGGGCUUGCAGCAGGAAAAUAAUGUGCUGAAGGAACAACUCCAUGCCAUGAUUCAGGAGAACAAUAUAUUGAAGCGGGCAGUUUCAAUACAACAUGAGCGUCAAAAAGAGUUUGAGGAUAAGAAUCAAGAGCUGCAUAACUUGAAGCAGAUGGUGUCCCAGUAUCAGGAGCAGCUGAGAACACUAGAGGUUAACAAUUAUGCUUUGACGCUGCACCUCAAGCAGGCUCAACAAAGCAACUCCCUUCCGGGCCGUUUUCAUCCUGAUGUCUUUUAGUAUAUUGUUAGCAUGUUCUAUAUGGAGUUUGUUGGCGCCGAUUGUCCAAGAUCAGCCAGUUGUGCCCUGUAUGAAUACCCCCUUGUUUCCUUUUUAAGCCAUUUCUGGCUGUUGAAUGUGACCUCAAUAAGCGAAUAUUGUCGCGAGUUCUAUAUAUUACUUGUAUGAAUGCUUAAUGUUACAUUUGGAGGUGUAUACUGCACCAAAUUAUAACUUUGUUGUAUAUUUUUUACAUAUUGGAUCUGUUUUUUUUCC